GGCUCAGAGCGGCCCCCGGGGCAUGGGCCGGGCGCGCUGCCCGCACUCGGCGACACGCUGCUCCCAACCUGCGGCCACAGAGCAGUCCAGGAGGAAGCUGCGUCCAGACAAAAGCUACCGCAUCUCUGCCUGCCUAGUCCCUGCAGGGAUUCGGGUUUGGUGCUUGUUCCCAUCUGAUUCUCAGCUCCAAACGUUUUGCUGGUUCCAAGAGAUUUCAAGAGUCUAAUGAGUUGCUCUGAGAGGAAACCCGCUGCCUGUUGUUGAGGAGGGCUAGGCGCUCAGGAAAAAAAAAGAAAAAAAAAAAGAAAAGGAAAAUGAUUUCCUGGGACAUUGUCCACACAGUAUUCCUGUUUGCUCUUCUUUAUUCCUCCCUAGCUCAAGAUGCCAGCUCCCAGUCCCAGAUCAGGGCUGAGGAAAUUCCCGAGGGGGCCUCCACCUUGGCUUUUGUGUUUGAUGUGACUGGUUCCAUGUAUGAUGAUUUAGUUCAGGUUAUCGAAGGGGCUUCCAAAAUUUUGGAGACGUCUUUGAAAAGACCAAAGAGACCUCUUUUCAACUUUGCUUUGGUGCCUUUCCAUGAUCCAGAAAUUGGCCCAGUGACAAUUACCACAGAUCCCAAGAAAUUUCAAUAUGAACUCAGAGAACUGUAUGUUCAGGGUGGUGGUGAUUGUCCAGAAAUGAGUAUUGGAGCUAUAAAAAUUGCCUUGGAAAUUUCUCUUCCUGGUUCUUUCAUCUAUGUUUUCACUGAUGCCCGGUCCAAGGAUUAUCGGCUCACUCAUGAGGUGCUACAGCUUAUCCAACAGAAACAGUCCCAGGUGGUAUUUGUGCUCACUGGAGAUUGUGAUGACAGGAACCAUAUUGGAUAUAAAGUGUAUGAAGAAAUUGCUUCUACAAGUUCUGGUCAAGUGUUCCAUCUGGACAAAAAACAAGUUAAUGAGGUGUUAAAAUGGGUAGAGGAAGCAGUGCAGGCCUCCAAAGUUCACCUCUUAUCGACAGAUCAUUUGGAACAGGCUGUAAACACUUGGAAAAUUCCUUUUGAUCCCAGCCUAAAAGAGGUUACUGUGUCUCUGAGUGGCCCUUCUCCGAUGAUUGAAAUUCACGAUCCUUUAGGGAAGCUGAUAAAAAAGGGAUUUGGCCUGAAUGAGCUAUUAAAUAUCCAGAACUCUGCCAAGGUGGUGAAUGUUAAAGAGCCUGAGGCUGGAAUGUGGACAGUGAAGACUUCUAGCAGUGGAAGGCACUCUGUUCGCAUCACUGGCCUCAGUACGAUUGAUUUCCGAGCUGGUUUUUCCCGAAAGCCCACCCUGGACUUCAAAAAAACAGUCAAUAGACCGGUGCAAGGAGUACCUACCUAUGUGCUGCUGAAUACUUCUGGAAUUUCCGUCCCAGCUAAAGUAGAUCGUCUUGAACUUCUGAGUAUCUCGGGCAGUUCUCUUAAGACUAUUCCUGUUAAAUAUUACCCAGAUCGAAAACCUUAUGGCAUAUGGAAUAUUUCUGACUUUAUACCACCAAAUGAAGCUUUCUUUCUCAAAGUAACAGGCUAUGAUAAGGACGAUUAUCUCUUCCAGAGGGUAUCAAGUGUUUCCUUCUCCAGUAUCAUCCCAGAUGCUCCCAAAGUUGCAAUGCCCAAGAAAACCCCAGGAUACUACCUGCAGCCAGGCCAAAUUUCCUGCUCUGUUGAGAGUCUUCUGCCCUUUACCUUGAGCUUUGUCAGAAAUGGAGUUACGCUUGGAGUAGACCAGUACUUAAAAGAGUCUGCCAGUGUGAACUGGGAUAUUGAAAAGGUCACUUUAUCUGAUGAAGGCUCCUACGAGUGCAUUGCUGUCAGCAGUGCAGGGACUGGAAGGGCACAGACGUUUUUCGAUGUGUCAGAGCCGCCUCCAGUCAUCCAAGUGCCUAAUAAUGUUACAGUCACUCCUGGAGAAAGAGCAGUUUUGACAUGUCUUGUCAUCAGUGCAGUGGCUUAUAAUCUAACCUGGCAGAGGAAUGACAGAGAUGUCAGACUGGCAGACCCAGCAAGAAUGAGGAUCUUGGCUAACCUCUCGUUGGAGCUGAGGAGUGUGAAAUCCAAUGAUGCUGGAGAGUAUCCUUGUGUGGUUUCCAAUGAAGGAGGAUCAUCAGCUGCAUCAGUUUUCCUCACAGUGCAAGAACCGCCUAAAGUCACUGUGAUGCCCAAGAACCAGUCUUUCACAGGAGGAUCUGAGGUCUCCAUCAUGUGCUCUGCAACAGGUUAUCCCAAACCAAAGAUCGCCUGGACCAUUAACGAUAUGUUUAUUGUGGGUUCACACAGAUAUAGGAUGACCUCAGAAGGUACCUUAUUUAUCAAAAAUGCAGUUCCCAAAGAUGCAGGGAUCUAUGGUUGCGUGGCAAGUAAUUCAGCUGGAACAGAUAAACAGACUUCUACCCUCAGAUACAUUGAAGCCCCAAAGUUGAUCGUAGUUCAAAGUGAGCUCUUGGUUGCCUUGGGGGAUACAACAGUCUUGGAAUGUAAAACCUCUGGUGUUCCUCCACCUCACGUGAAAUGGUUCAAAGGAGAUCUUGAGCUGAGGCCCUCAACAUUCCUCAUUAUUGACCCUCUCUUGGGACUUUUGAAGAUUCAAGAAACUCAAGAUCUGGAUGCUGGUGAUUAUGCAUGUGUGGCUGUUAAUGAUGCCGGAAGGGCAGCUGGCAAGAUCACUCUGGAUGUUGGCUCACCUCCAGUUUUCAUACAAGAACCUGCUGAUGUGUCUGUGGAAAUUGGCUCAAAUGUGACAUUACCUUGCUAUGUCCAGGGUUAUCCAGAACCAAAGAUUAAAUGGCAAAGAUCAGACAACAUGCCGAUCUUCUCAAGACCCUUUUCAGUGAGUUCCAUCAGCCAACUAAGAACAGGAGCUCUCUUUAUUUCAAACUUAUGGGCAAGUGAUAAAGGAACCUAUAUUUGUGAAGCUGAAAACCAGUUUGGGAAAAUCCAGUCCCAGGCAACAGUAACAGUGACAGGACUUGUUGCUCCACUCCUUGGAAUCAGCCCUUCAGUGACCAGUGUAAUUGAAGGACAGCAGCUUACUUUGCCAUGUGCUUUAUUGGCUGGAAAUCCCAUUCCAGAACGCCGAUGGAUUAAAAAUUCAGCCAUGUUGGUCCACAAUCCUUAUAUCACUGUACGCAGUGAUGGGAGUCUUCAUAUUGAAAGAGUUCGCCUUCAGGAUGGAGGUGAAUAUACUUGUGUGGCCAGUAAUGUUGCUGGAACCAUUAACAAAACAACCACUGUGGACGUGCAUGUUCUGCCAACCAUUCAGCAUGGGCAGCAGAUACUCAGUACAAUUGAAGGCAUUCCAGUAACUCUACCAUGCAAAGCAAGUGGAAUUCCCAAACCAUCUAUCGUCUGGUCCAAGAAAGGCGAGCUGAUUUCCAGCAGUGCUAAGUUUUCCGCAGGGACUGAUGGAAGUCUGUACGUGGUGUCACCCGGGGGUGAGGAGAGUGGGGAGUAUGUCUGCACCGCCACCAACGCAGCUGGCUACGCCAAAAGGAAAGUGCAGCUGACCGUCUAUGUAAGGCCCAGAGUGUUUGGAGAUCAACGAGGACUGUCCCAGGAUAAGCCUGUUGAGAUUUCCGUCCUUGCCGGGGAAGAGGUGACACUUCCAUGUGAAGUGAAGAGCUUACCCCCACCCUUAAUUACCUGGGCCAAAGAAACCCAGCUCAUCUCGCCAUUCUCUCCAAGACACACAUUCCUCCCUUCUGGUUCAAUGAAGAUCACUGAGACCCGUGUUUCAGAUAGUGGGAUGUAUCUCUGCACUGCCACAAAUAUUGCUGGGAACGUGACUCAGUCUGUUAAAUUAAAUGUCCAUGUUCCUCCAAAGAUACAGCGGGGCCCUAAACUUAUGAAAGUCCAAGUUGGUCAAAGAGUGGACCUUCCCUGCAACGCUCAAGGGACGCCUCUUCCUGUAAUCACCUGGUUUAAGGGUAGAAGCACCGUGCUGGUUGAUGGAGUGCAGCGUAUUAGCAAUCCAGAUGGAAUGCUGAGCAUCGACCAAGCCGUGCUGUCAGAUGCUGGCAUAUACACGUGUGUUGCUACUAACAUAGCAGGCAGUGAUGAAACGGAGAUAACGCUACAUGUCCAAGAACCACCUACACUGGAAGAUCCAGAACCUCCAUAUAACACUCCUUUCCAAGAAAGAGUGGCGAAUCAACGCAUUGCAUUUCCAUGUCCUGCAAAAGGUACACCGAAACCGACCAUCAAAUGGUUAUGGAAUGGUAGAGAGCUGACAGGCAGAGAGCCUGGAAUUUCUAUCUUAGAAGAUGGCACACUGUUGGUUAUUGCUUCUGUUACACCAUAUGACAAUGGGGAGUACAUCUGUGUAGCAGUCAAUGAAGCUGGAACCACAGAAAGAAAAUAUAACCUCAAAGUCCAUGUUCCUCCAGUAAUUAAAGAUAAAGAACAAGUAACCAACGUGUCUGUCUUGGUCAAUCAGCUGACCAGUCUCUCCUGUGAAGUGGAGGGUACUCCAUCUCCCAUCAUUAUGUGGUACAAAGAUGAUGUCCAGGUGACCGAAAGCAACACUGUUCAGAUUGUGAACGAUGGGAAGAUAUUAAAGCUCUUCAGAGCCACCCCAGAGGAUGUGGGAAGAUAUUCCUGCAAAGCAAUUAAUAUUGCAGGCACUUCUCAGAAGUAUUUUCACAUGGAUGUGCUAGUUCCGCCCACCAUAAUAGGUGCCAACUCCCCAAAUGAAGUCUCAGUUGUCCUCAACCACGACACCACCCUUGAAUGCCAGGUCAAAGGCACUCCCUUCCCCGUUAUUCACUGGUUCAAAGAUGGCAAGCCUUUAUUUUUGGGUGAUCCUAAUAUUGAACUUCUAGACAGAGGACAAGUUUUACGUUUAAAGAAUGCACGAAGAAGUGACAAGGGGCGCUACCAGUGUACUGUGUCUAAUGCAGCUGGCAAACAAGCCAAGGAUAUAAAACUGACUCUCUACAUUCCACCUAGUAUUAAAGGAGGGAAUGUCACCACAGAAAUAUCAGCAUUGAUCAACAGCAUAAUUAAAUUGGAAUGUGAAACACGGGGACUUCCAAUGCCUGCUAUUACUUGGUAUAAGGACGGCCAGCCAGUCAUAUCCAGCGCACAAGCACUUUAUAUUGAUAAAGGACAAUUUCUUCAUAUCCCUCGAGCCCAGGUCUCUGAUUCAGCAACAUAUACGUGUCAUGUAACCAAUGUUGCUGGAACUGCUGAAAAAUCAUUCCAUGUGGACAUCUAUGUUCCUCCAAUGAUUGAAGGUGACUUGGCUGUACCUCUGAAUAAGCAAGUGGUUAUUGCUCAUUCACUAACACUAGAGUGUAAAGCUGCCGGCAACCCUCCUCCGGUUCUCACCUGGUUAAAAGACGGUGUCCCUGUGAAAGCCAGUGACAACAUCCGCAUAGAAGCUGGUGGGAAGAAACUAGAAAUCAUGAGUGCCCUGGAAGUCGACCGGGGACAGUAUGUAUGUGUGGCUACCAGUGUGGCAGGAGAAAAGGAAAUCAAGUAUGAAGUUGACGUCUUAGUACCACCAGCUGUAGAAGGAGGAGCUGAAACAUCUUACUUCAUUGUGAUGGUUAAUAACUUACUGGAGCUAGAUUGUCAAGUAACAGGCUCUCCCCCGCCAACUAUCAUGUGGAUGAAGGAUGGCCAGCUAAUUGAUGAAAGGGAUGGAUUCAAGAUUUUACUAAGUGGACACAAACUGGUUAUUGCCCAGGCUCAAGUGUCAGAUACAGGCCUUUAUCAGUGCGUGGCAACAAACACUGCUGGAGAUGACAAGAAGGAAUUUGAAGUGACGGUUCAUGUUCCUCCAACAAUCAAAUCCUCAGACCUUUCUGAGAGAGCUGUGGUGAAAUACAAGCCUGUCACCUUGCAGUGCAUAGCCAAUGGCAUUCCCAAUCCAUCCAUCACAUGGUUAAAAGAUGGCCAGCCUGUGGACACUGCCCAAGGAAACCUCAAAAUACAGUCUUCUGGUCGAGUUCUACAAAUUGCCAAAGCCUUGAUGGAAGAUGCUGGCAGAUACACAUGUGUGGCUACCAAUGCGGCUGGAGAAACACAACAGCACAUUCAACUACAUGUGCAUGAACCACCUAGUCUGGAGGAUGCAGGGAAGAUGCUGAAUGAGACUGUGGUGGUGAACAACCCCAUACAGCUGGAGUGUAAGGCAGUUGGAAAUCCCGUGCCUGCUAUUACGUGGUACAAAGAUAAUCGUCUGCUCUCAGGUUCCGCCAGUGUGACUUUCUUGAACAGAGGACAGAUCAUUGAUAUUGAAAGCGCCCAGAUCACAGAUGCUGGCGUAUAUAAAUGUGUGGCCAUCAACUCAGCUGGAGCUACAGAGUUAUUUUACAGUCUGCAGGUCCAUGUGCCCCCGUCGAUUUCUGGCAGUGAUAACAUGGUAGCAGUGGUGGUCAAUAACCUGGUGAGGUUAGAAUGUGAAGCCAGAGGUAUCCCUGCCCCAAGUCUGACGUGGUUGAAAGAUGGGAGCCCUGUCUCUAGUUUCGCUAAUGGGAUACAGGUUCUUUCUGGGGGCCGCAUCCUAGCAUUGACCAGUGCACAAAUCAGUGAUACAGGGAGAUAUACCUGUGUGGCAGUGAAUGCUGCUGGGGAGAAACAAAGGGACAUUGACCUCAGAGUAUACGUUGCACCAAAUAUUAUGGGAGAAGAACAGAACAUCUCUGUCCUCAUUAGCCAAGCUGUGGAGUUACUGUGUCAAAGUGACGCCAUUCCCCCGCCUACCCUGAGUUGGUUAAAAGAUGGCCGCCCCUUGCUGAAGAAACCAGGCCUCAGUAUCUCUGAAAAUGGAAGUAUGUUAAAGAUUGAAGAUGCUCAGGUUCAGGACACUGGUCGUUACACUUGUGAGGCAACAAAUGUCGCUGGAAAAACUGAGAAAAACUAUAAUGUCAACAUUUGGGUACCACCAAAUAUUUAUGGUUCUGAUGAACUCGCUCAACUUACAGUCAUUGAAAGGAAUCUUAUUAGUCUGUUGUGUGAAUCAAGCGGUAUUCCACCCCCAAAUCUCAUUUGGAAAAAGAAAGGCUCCCCAGUGCUGGCUGAUUCUGCAGGGCGAGUCAGAACCUUAUCAGGAGGCAGGCAGUUGCAGAUUUCAAUUGCUGAGAGAUCUGAUGCAGGGCUCUAUACAUGUGUGGCAUCGAAUGUUGCUGGAACUGCAAAGAAAGACUACAAGCUGCAAGUUUACAUUCGCCCAACUAUAUCCAAUGGUGGCAGCCACCCUACUGAAAUUAUUGUAACUCGAGGGAAGAGUAUUUCCUUGGAGUGUGAGGUGCAGGGUAUUCCUCAACCGACAGUGACCUGGAUGAAAGAUGGCCGCCCCUUGACCAAGGGAAGGGGAAUGGAAAUAAUGGAUGAAGGUCGCAUCCUUCAGCUGAAGAACAUUCAUGUAUCUGACACAGGCCGUUAUGUGUGUGUUGCUGUGAAUGUAGCAGGAAUGACUGAUAGAAAAUAUGACUUAAGUGUGCACACCCCUCCAAGCAUCAUAGGAAACCAUGAAACACCUGAAAAUAUCAGUGUGGUGGAAAAGAACUCAAUGUCCCUGACUUGUGAAGCUUCAGGAAUUCCCCUGCCUUCAAUUACCUGGCUUAAAGAUGGGUGGCCCAUCAGCCUUGGCAGUUCUGUGAGAAUUCUCUCAGGAGGUAGGACUUUGCGGUUGAUGCAGACCAGAAUAGAAGAUGCUGGCCAAUAUACUUGUGUCGUAAGGAAUGCAGCUGGUGAAGAAAGAAAAAUCUUUGGGCUUUCAGUAUUAGUACCACCUCGCAUUGUGGGUGAAAAUACUUUGGAAGAUGUGAAAGUAAAAGAGAAACAAAAUCUUACAUUGACUUGUGAAGUGACAGGGAAUCCAGUGCCAGAAAUUACAUGGCACAAAGAUGGGCAGCUCCUCCAAGAAGAUGACACUCAUCACAUUAUGUCUGGUGGCCAAUUUCUUCAAAUUACCAAUGCCCAAGUGUCACACACUGGAAGAUAUACAUGUUUGGCUUCUAAUACAGCUGGUGACAAGAGCAAAACUUUCAGUCUUAAUGUGCUGGUAUCACCUACAAUUGCUGGUGUUGAUAGUAAUGGCAGCCCUGAAGAUGUCACUGUUAUCCUUAACAGCCCCACAUCUUUGGUCUGUGAAGCUUAUUCAUAUCCUCCAGCCACCAUCACCUGGUUUAAGGAUGGAACUCCUUUAGAAUCCAACAGAAAUAUUCGCAUUCUUCCAGGAGGUAGGACUCUGCAGAUCCUAAAUGCACAGGAGGACAAUGCUGGAAGAUACUCUUGUGUAGCCACUAAUGAGGCGGGGGAAAUGAUAAAGCACUACGAAGUGAAAGUCUACAUUCCACCCAUAAUCAAUAAAGGAGACCUCCUGGGGCUAGGUCUUUCCCCUAAAGAAGUGAAGAUCAGAGUAAAUAACACCCUGACCUUGGAAUGUGAAGCUUAUGCAAUUCCUUCUGCCUCUCUCAGCUGGUACAAGGAUGGACAGCCCCUUAAAUCAGAUGAUCAUGUUAAUAUUGCUGCACAUGGACACACACUUCAAAUAAAGGAGGCUCAAAUAUCUGACACUGGACGAUAUACUUGUGUAGCAUCUAACAUUGCAGGUGAAGAUGAGCUGGAUUUUGAUGUGAAUAUACAAGUUCCUCCAAGUUUUCAGAAACUCUGGGAAAUAGGAAAUAUGCUGGAUACUGGCAGGAGUGGUGAAGCCAAGGAUGUGAUCAUCAACAAUCCCAUUUCUCUUUACUGUGAGACAAAUGCUGCCCCUCCUCCUACACUGACGUGGUACAAAGAUGGCCGUCCUCUGAGCUCGAGUGAUAGAGUGUUGAUUUUACCAGGAGGGCGAGUGUUGCAGAUUCCCCGGGCUAGAGUAGAAGAUGCUGGGAGAUACACGUGUGUGGCUGUGAAUGAGGCUGGAGAAGAUUCCCUUCAGUAUGACGUCCGUGUGCUCUUGCCGCCAAUUAUUAAGGGAGCAAAUAGUGAUCUCCCUGAAGAGGUCACCGUGCUGGUGAACAAGAGCGUGCUGAUGGAGUGCUUAUCCACUGGCAGCCCCGCACCAAGGAAUUCCUGGCAAAAAGAUGGGCAGCCCUUGCUCGAAGAUGAGCAUCAUAAAUUUCUUUCUAAUGGAAGAAUUCUGCAGAUUCUAAAUAUUCAAAUAGCAGAUAUCGGCAGGUAUGUGUGCAUUGCUAAGAACACAGCUGGAAGUGCCAAAAAAUAUUUUAACCUCAAUGUUCAUGUUCCUCCAAGUGUCAUUGGUCCUAACCCUGAAAAUCUCACUGUUGUGGUGAACAAUUUCAUCUCUUUGACCUGUGAGGUCUCUGGUUUUCCACCUCCUGAUCUCAGCUGGCUCAAGAAUGAACAGCCUAUCAAGCUAAACACAAAUGCUCUCAUAGUGCCUGGGGGUCGAACUCUACAAAUUCUUCGGGCCAAGGUGUCUGAUGGUGGUGAAUACACUUGCAUAGCUAUCAACCAAGCUGGUGAAAGCAAGAAAAAAGUUUUCCUGACUGUUUAUGUGCCCCCAAGCAUUAAAGAUCAUGGCAGUGACUCACUUUCUGUAGUUAAUGUAAGAGAGGGGACCUCUGUGUCGUUGGCAUGUGAGUCAAACGCUGUCCCACCUCCAGUCAUCACCUGGUAUAAGAAUGGGCGGAUGAUAACAGAGUCGACUCACUUGGAGAUUCUAGCAGAUGGACAGAUGCUGCGCAUCAAGAAAGCCGAGGUAUCUGACACAGGCCAGUAUGUAUGUAGAGCUAUAAAUGUAGCAGGACGGGAUGAUAAAAAUUUCCACCUCAAUGUAUAUGUGCCACCCACCAUCGAAGGGCCUGAGAAAGAAGUGGUUGUUGAGACCAUCAGCAAUCCUGUGACCUUAACAUGUGUGGCGGCUGGAAUCCCGCCUCCCGCCAUAGCAUGGUUCAAGAACCACAGGCCCAUAGAAAAUUCUGACUCGCUUGAAGUUCAUAUUUUGUCUGGAGGUAGCAAACUCCAAAUUGCCCGGGCUCAGCGUUCAGACGGUGCAAACUAUACGUGCGUUGCUUCAAAUAUUGAGGGAAAAGCACAGAAAAAUUACAUUAUUUCCAUUCAAGUUCCUCCAGAUGUUGCUGGAGCUGAAAUUCCAAGUGAAGUCGGUGUCCUUCUAGGGGAAAAUGUUGAGCUGGUCUGCAGCGCAAAUGGCUUUCCCACCCCCCUUAUUCAAUGGCUUAGAGAUGGAAAGCUCAUUACUAGCAGUGAAACAGAAAGAAUCCGGGUGACUGCAAAUGGCAGCACAUUAAACAUUUAUGGAGCUCUCCCAUCCGACACGGGGAAAUACACAUGUGUCGCUACUAAUCCUGCUGGAGAAGAAGACCGAAUUUUUAACUUGAAUGUCUAUGUUCCACCUUCAAUUAGGGGUAAUAAAGAAGAAGCAGAGAAACUAAUGGCUUUGGUGGAUAUGUCAAUAAAUAUUGAAUGCAGAGCCACUGGGAUACCUCCACCACAGAUAAACUGGCUAAAGAAUGGACUUCCUCUGCCUCUCUCCUCCCAUAUCCGGUUGCUGUCAGGAGGGCAGGUUAUCAGGAUUGUGAGAGCUCAGGUGUCUGAUGUUGCCGUAUAUACUUGUGUGGCCUCCAACAGAGCCGGGGUGGAUAAUAAACAUUAUAAUCUUCAAGUUUUUGUACCACCAAAUCUGGACAAUGCAAUGGGAACAGAAGAAAUCACAAUUGUCAAGGGUAGUUCCACCUCCAUGACAUGCUUUACAGGUGGAACUCCAACUCCCAGGAUGUCCUGGCUUAGAGAUGAUGAGCCUUUGGGGCUUGAUGCCCAUCUGACAAUAAGCACUCAAGGAAUGGUCCUUCAACUCAUCAAAGCAGAGACUGAAGAUUCAGGAAGGUACACCUGUAUUGCCUCAAAUGAAGCGGGAGAAGUCAGCAAACACUUUAUCCUGAAGGUCCUAGAACCACCUCAUAUCAAUGGAUCUGAAGAAGCUGUAGAGAUAUCAGUGAUUGUUAAUAAUCCACUUGAACUCACCUGCAUUGCUUCUGGAAUCCCAGCUCCUAAAAUUACCUGGAUGAAAGAUGGACGGCCCCUUCCACAGAUGGAUCAGGUACAGGCUCUUGGAGGAGGAGAGGUUCUUCGAAUAGCUAGUGCUCAGGUGGAAGAUACAGGAAGAUAUACAUGUCUGGCGUCCAGUCCUGCAGGAGAUGAUGAUAAAGAACAUUUAGUGAGAGUGCACGUACCCCCUAAUAUUGCUGGAACUGAUGAGUCCCAAGAUUUCACUGUGUUACGGAACAGACAGAUGACAUUGGAGUGCAAAUCGGAUGCAGUGCCCCCACCUGUAAUCACUUGGCUUAAAAAUGGAGAACGGUUACAGGCAACACCUCGAGUACGAAUCCUGUCUGGAGGGAGAUACUUGCAAAUUAAUAAUGCAGAUCUAGGUGAUACAGCCAAUUAUACCUGUGUUGCCAGCAACAUUGCAGGAAAGACUACAAGAGAAUUUAUUCUCAUUGUCAAUGUUCCUCCAAACAUAAAGAGUGGCCCCCAGAGUCUUGUCAUUCACUUAAAUAAGUCAACUGUAUUGGAAUGCUUUGCCGAAGGUGUGCCAACCCCAAGGAUAACCUGGAGAAAGGAUGGAGCUGUUCUAUCUGGGAGUCAUCCGAGAUACUCCAUCUUGGAAAAUGGAUUCCUUCACAUCCAGUCAGCACACGUCACUGAUACUGGGCGAUAUUUGUGUAUGGCUACCAAUGCUGCUGGAACAGACCGCAGGAGAAUAGAUUUACAGGUCCAUGUUCCUCCGUCUAUUUCUCUGGGUCCUACCAAUAUAACUGUAACAGUAAAUGUUCAAACCACUCUAACUUGUGAGGCUACUGGGAUACCAAAACCAUCAGUCAACUGGAGAAAAAAUGGGCAGCUUCUUAAUGUGGAUCAAAAUCAGAACUCAUACAGGCUCCUUUCUUCAGGUUCACUAGUAAUUAUUUCCCCUUCUGUGGAUGACACUGCGACCUAUGAGUGCACUGUGACAAAUGAUGCUGGAGAGGAUAAGAGAACUGUGGAUCUCACUGUCCAAGUUCCACCUUCCAUAGCUGAUGAGCCUAUGGACUUCCUAGUAACCAGACACGCCCCAACGGUAAUUACCUGCACUGCUUCAGGAGUUCCACUUCCCUCAAUUCACUGGGCUAAAAAUGGUAUAAGACUGCUUCCCAGGGGAGACGGCUACAGAAUUCUGUCCUCAGGAGCAAUUGAAAUAUUUGCCACUCAGUUAAACCACGCUGGAAGAUAUACUUGUGUUGCCAGGAAUGCAGCUGGUUCUGCACAUCGACAUGUGACCCUUCGUGUCCAGGAGCCUCCCAUCAUUCAGCCUCAGCCCAGUGAACUAGACGUCAUUCUCAACAAUCCCAUUUUAUUACCAUGUGAAGCAACAGGGACACCCAGUCCUUUCAUUACUUGGCAAAAAGAAGGUAUUAAUGUCAUCGCUUCAGGCAAAAGCCAUGCAGUUCUUCCUAGUGGUGGCUUGCAGAUCUCCAGAGCUGUACGAGAGGAUGCUGGUACUUACAUGUGUGUGGCUCAGAAUCCAGCUGGUACAGCCUUGGGCAAAAUCAAGUUAAAUGUCCAAGUUCCUCCGGUCAUUAGCCCCCAUCCAAGGGAAUAUAUCAUUGCUGUGGAUAAACCCAUAAUGCUACCGUGUGAGGCAGAUGGCCUCCCACCACCUGACAUCACAUGGCAUAAAGAUGGGCAUGCAAUUAUGGAAUCAAUCCGCCAGCGCAUCCUCAGCUCUGGGGCUCUGCAAAUAGCAUUUGCUCAGCCUGAUGACACUGGCCAGUACACGUGCAUGGCAGCUAAUGUGGCAGGAUCAAGAAGCACCAACACCAAGCUCACUGUCCAUGCACCACCUAGAAUCCAAAGUACAGAAGUACACUACACAGUCAAUGAGAAUUCACAAGCCGUUCUUGCAUGCUUGGCUGAUGGAAUCCCCACACCCGCAAUUCACUGGAAAAAAGAUAAUGUUCUUUUAGCUAACUUGUUAGGAAAAUACACUGUUGAACCCUAUGGAGAACUCAUUCUGGAAAAUGUUGUGCCGGAGGAUUCUGGCACCUAUACCUGUGUUGCUAACAAUGCUGCAGGUGAAGAUACACACACUGUCAGCCUGACUGUAAUGGUUCUCCCCACUUUUACUGAACUUCCUGGAGACGUGUCACUAAAUAAAGGAGAACAGCUACGAUUAAACUGUAAAGCAACUGGUAUUCCAUUGCCCAAGUUAACAUGGACCUUCAAUAACAAUAUUAUCCCAGCCCACUUUGACAGUGUCAAUGGACACAGUGAACUUGUUAUUGAAAGAGUGUCAAAAGAGGAUUCAGGUACUUACGUGUGCACAGCAGAGAACAGCGUUGGUUUUGUGAAGGCAAUUGGAUUUGUUUAUGUGAAAGAACCUCCAGCCUUCAAAGGUGAUUACCCUUCCAACUGGAUUGAACCACUUGGUGGUAAUGCAAUCCUGAAUUGUGAGGUGAGAGGAGAUCCCGCUCCAACCAUCCAGUGGAGCAGAAAGGGGAUGGAUAUUGAAAUUAGUCACAGAAUCCGGCAACUUGGCAAUGGCUCCCUGGCCAUUUAUGGCACUGUAAAUGAAGACGCCGGUGACUACACAUGUGUAGCUGCCAAUGAAGCUGGGGUGGUGGAGCGCAGCAUGAGUCUGACUCUGCAGAGUCCUCCUGUUAUCACUCUUGAGCCAGUAGGAACUGUUAUUAAUGCUGGUGGCAAAGUCGUAUUGAAUUGCCAGGCAACUGGAGAACCUCCUCCAACCGUUACAUGGUCACGUCAAGGACACUCUAUCCCCUGGGAUGACCGAGUUCAUGUUUUGUCCAACAACUCGUUAUAUAUCGCUGCUGCUCAGAAAGAAGAUACGUCUGAAUAUGAAUGUGUUGCUCGAAACUUCAUGGGUUCUGUCCUUGUCAGAGUGCCGGUCACAGUCCAGGUUAACGGUGGAUUUUCCCAGUGGUCUGCCUGGAGAUCCUGCAGUGUCACCUGUGGAAGAGGCAUCCAAAAGAGGAGUCGUCUGUGCAACAGCCCCUUCCCAGCCAAUGGUGGGAAGCCUUGCCAAGGGUUGGAUUCAGAAAUGAGAAACUGUCAACAUAAGCUGUGUCCAGUGGAUGGUAGCUGGUCAGAAUGGAGCCCUUGGGAAGAAUGCACAAGGAGCUGUGGACGUGGCAACCGAACUAGGACCAGAACUUGCGAUAAUCCGUCAGCUCAACAUGGUGGGCGGCCAUGUGAAGGGAGUGUUGUGGAAAUAAUCAUGUGCAACCUUAGGCCUUGCCCAGUUCAUGGAGCAUGGAACACUUGGCAGCCUUGGGAUGCAUGUAGCAAAAGCUGUGGGAAAGGUACCCAGACAAGAACAAGACUGUGUAAUAACCCACCACCAUCAUUUGAUGGAUCCUACUGUGAUGGAGCAGAAACACAGACGCAAGUUUGCAAUGAAAGACACUGUCCAGUUGAUGGCAAGUGGGCUGCUUGGGCCAGUUGGAGUGCCUGUACUGUGUCCUGUGGAGGAGGUGCAAGACAGAGAACAAGGGCCUGCUCUGAUCCUGUUCCCCAGUAUGGAGGAAGCAAAUGUGAAGGGAGUGAUAUCCAGAGCGAUUUUUGCAAUACUGACCCUUGUCCAACUCAUGGUAACUGGAGUCCUUGGAGUGGCUGGGGAAUAUGCAGCCGGACGUGUAAUGGAGGGCAGAUGCGGCGGUACCGCACGUGUGAUAACCCUCAACCCUCCAAUGGAGGAAGAGCUUGUGGGGGGCCAGACUCCCAGAUGCAGAGAUGCAACACAGACAUGUGUCCUGUGGAUGGAAGUUGGGGAAAUUGGCAUAGUUGGAGCCGGUGUUCUACCUCUUGUGGAGGAGGUGAAAAGACUCGAAAACGGCUGUGCAACACUCCAGUGCCAUCUAAAAGUGGUCGCCCCUGUCCAGGAGAUGCUACCCAGGUAUCCAGAUGCAACAUACAAGCGUGCCCAGGUGGGCCCCAGCGAGCCAGAGGAAGUGUUAUUGGAAAUAUUAAUGAUGUUGAAUUUGGAAUUUCUUUCCUUAACGCCACAGUAACAGAUAGCCCUACCUCUGGUACUAGAAUAAUACAUGCCAAAAUUACCAAUGUACCUCGCAGUCUUGGUCCAGCAAUGAGAAAGAUAGUUUCUAUUCUAAAUCCCAUUUAUUGGACAACAGCAAAGGAAAUAGGAGAAGCAGUCAAUGGCUUUACCCUCACCAAUGCAGUCUUCAAGAGAGAAACCCAAGUGGAAUUUGCAACUGGGGAAAUCUUGCGGAUGACUCAUAUUGCCCGGGGCUUGGAUUCCGAUGGUUCUUUGCUGCUAGACAUUGUUGUGAGUGGCUAUGUCCUGCAGCUUCAGUCACCUGCGGAAGUUGCUGUAAAGGAUUACACAGAGGACUACGUUCAAACAGGUCCUGGGCAGCUGUAUGCCUACUCAACCCGGCUGUUCACCAUUGAUGGCAUCAGCGUCCCGUACACAUGGAACCACACCAUUUUCUAUGAUCAGGCACGGGGAAGAAUGCCUUUCUUGGUAGAAACACUUCAUGCAUCCUCUGUGGAAUCUGACUACAACCAGUUAGAAGAGACAUUGGGUUUUAAAAUCCAUGCUUCAAUUUCCAAAGGAGAUCGCAGUAAUCAGUGCCCCUCCGGGUUUGCCUUAGACUCGGUCGGACCCUUUUGUGCUGAUGAAGAUGAAUGUGCGGCAGGGAAUCCCUGCUCCCAUAUCUGCCACAAUGCCGUGGGAACCUAUUACUGCUCCUGCCCCAAAGGCCUCACCAUAGCUGCGGAUGGAAGAACUUGUCAAGAUAUUGAUGAGUGUGCUUUGGGGGGACACACCUGCCAUGCUGGUCAGGACUGUGACAAUACCAUUGGAUCCUAUCGCUGUGUGGUCCGCUGUGGAAUUGGCUUUCGAAGAACCUCUGAUGGGCUGAGUUGUCACGAUAUUAAUGAAUGUCAAGAAUCCAACCCCUGUCACCACCGCUGUUUCAAUGCCAUAGGAAGUUUUCACUGUGGAUGUGAACCUGGGUACCAGCUCAAAGGCAGAAAAUGCAUAGAUGUGAACGAGUGUAGACAGAAUGUAUGCAGACCAGAUCAGCACUGCAAGAACACCCGUGGUGGCUACAAGUGCAUUGAUCUUUGUCCAAACGGAAUGACCAAGGCAGAAAACAGAACCUGCAUUGAUAUUGAUGAAUGUAAAGAUGGGACCCAUCAGUGCAGAUAUAAUCAGAUAUGUGAGAAUACAAGAGGCAGCUAUCGUUGUGUAUGUCCAAGAGGUUACCGGUCUCAAGGAGUUGGAAGACCGUGUUUGGACAUUAAUGAAUGUGAACAAGUGCAUAAGCCUUGUGCAUAUCAGUGCUCCAACACCCCCGGCAGCUUCAAGUGUAUCUGUCCACCAGGACAACAUUUAUUAGGGGACGGGAAAUCUUGCGCUGGAUUGGAGAGGCUGCCAAAUUAUGGCACUCAGUACAAUAGCUAUAAUCUUGCACGGUUCUCCCCUGUGAGAAACAACUAUCAACCUCAGCAGCAUUACAGACAGUACUCACAUCUCUACAGCGCCUACUCAGAGUAUAGAAACAGCAGAACAUCUCUCUCCAGGACUAGAAGGACUAUUAGGAAAACUUGCCCUGAAGGCUCUGAGGCAAGCCAUGACACAUGUGUAGAUAUUGAUGAAUGUGAAAAUAGAGACACCUGCCAACAUGAGUGUAAAAAUACCUUUGGAAGCUAUCAGUGUCUUUGCCCACCUGGCUAUCAACUCAUGCUCAACGGAAAGACAUGUCAAGAUAUUGAUGAGUGUCUGGAGCAGAAUGUGCGCUGUGGGCCAAACCGCAUGUGCUUCAACAUGAGAGGAAGCUACCAGUGCCUCGAUACACCCUGUCCACCCAACUACCAACGGGAUGCUGUUUCAGGGUUCUGCCUCAAGAAUUGUCCACCCAAUGAUUUGGAAUGUGCCUUGAGCCCAUAUGCCUUGGAAUACAAAUUUGUCUCCCUCCCAUUUGGAAUAGCCGCAAAUCAAGAUUUAAUCCGGCUGGUUGCAUACACGCAGGAUGGAGUGAUGCAUCCCAGGACAACUUUCCUCAUGGUAGAUGAGGAACAGACUGUUCCUUUUGCCUUAAGGGAUGAAAACUUGAAAGGAGUGGUGUACACAACACGACCACUACGAGAACCAGAGACCUACCGCAUGAGGGUUCGAGCCUUAUCCUACAGUGCCAAUGGGACCAUUGAAUAUCAGACCACAUUCAUAGUAUAUAUAGCUGUGUCUGCCUAUCCAUACUAAGAAGUUCUCCAAAGCCUAAUCCACAUAUUUAAAUUGCAUUAAUCAUGGGAAUCAAGUCCCCUUCCAGUCUCCUGAACAGUUGCAAUCGUGGUAACUUGAAAAUGGUGCUGUGCUGUUUUGCGUGCCUUCCUUGGGACUGCUGAGAUAUUUUCAUGAUCCCACCAUGGUCAUAUCUUUUGGUAAGGUCUAGAAAAGUCCUUAUUAUUUUCUUUAUUUAUUACACUGGAGCAGUUACUUUCCAAAGAUUAUUCUGAACAUCUAACAGGACACGUCAAUGAUGUUUUAUAGUAGCAUAGUAGUUAUUAUUUUCCUUAAAAAAAAGAACCAAAAAUAACUAUAAUAAUAAUUCAAAGCCAAGUAGAUAUUUUAGCAUUUGACCAUUUUUAAAAUAAUAAAACUGGUUGCUAUGUGUUUUGGUCAAAACUUAUUAAGUAACUUAUGAAGACGCUUUUUAAAAAAGUAUUGAUACUUUAUAAUAGAACUUAUACACCUAUUUUCACUUUGAGGAAAAAAAGCAACACCACUCAUUUUAGAAAUAUAGUACGGCUUCUAGAAGGUUAGUGUGAUGCCAAAUGGUGCUCACGUUGAUUGAACAUCCAAAAUAAGGAUAUUAUUUUCAAUGAUUUUGUAAAAUCAGCUGGAACGACUUAUGAUAAUAGAAAAAAAAUAUUACUUUGUCCUCGGAUGGUUGUUCAUGGCAUGGUUCUUUGCCCUAUCAUUUUGAUAUAACCUUCCAUUCAGUUAGCUCCAUAUCUUUUACAGUCCAACAUUUUUUAAUUUUCCUAUCAAUUGGAAAUAAUUUUUUUAAAAUACCAAUGGGACAAUUUUCUUUGUUUUUUCUUAAAAAUCUUGUAUGUUCAAAUUAGCAUAAAUGUUAAACGUCAAUACACUGUACAUGGUGGUAACAGACUCUAGAAGCAAUUGCCAAGAUGUAUUCUAUUUUUAUGAAGUGUAUAUAUAUUACCUUAGUUUGUAUUUUCUACAUAAUUUCUUGAUGGACACUUUUAUGAAAUUAUUUUAUAAAACAAAAAACAAUGUUACAGCAAACCAGCCUAAAUAAAAUUUUCACAUCCUU